CGGGCCCGAUUCCGACCGUGGGUGGAGACCGGCCCGGGCCUUGGGGGAGGAGGAAAAGGGGAACGCGGGGCGUUGGGACGACCAGUAGAGCUGGAUCCGCACUGAUCCUCACUACCUGACCGUGUUGGCUGUGAACGUUGCGCCGCCUCCUCCUGUUCAGUUUUCCCUGGGAUCCCCCCAACUUCCCGCUGUAACUAGCACUCUAGGACUGACGGAUGUCACCCGGGCCUGGGCUGUCGCCCUAAGACCCUAAGAGAUUGGCUUGUGGAGAUGUUGAAGGAAAACUGGAUGCAUUGUACAGCAGAGUGCGAUCAAUUCAGAAGAAAAGUGGAGAUUUUGAUUUGCUGUUGUGUGUGGGGAAUUUCUUUGGAACUUCAGCAGAGGCAGAGUCAGAAUGGGGAGAAUACAUAUCUGGAGCCAAGAAGGCUUCCAUGCAAACAUAUAUAUUGGGAGCUAACAAUCAGGAAACCACAAAAUAUUUCCCAGAUAAAGAUGGAUGUGAAUUAGCAGAAAACAUUACUUAUUUAGGUCGUAAGGGUGUUUUUACAGGUGCAUCAGGCUUGCAGAUUGCUUACUUGAGUGGUACAGAGGCUCAGCGUGAACCUGCACCUGCUUAUUGCUAUACAUCAAAAGAUGUGAUUGCACUGAAGAGCUCAGUAACCGCCAACUCCAAAUUCAAGGGCAUGGACAUUCUGCUAACAUCACAAUGGCCAAAAGGAGUGUGGCAAUAUGGGAAUAAUCUGGAAGGUAUUGAUACAAAAUCUUGCGGUUCCAUCUCUGCCUCUCACCUUGCAUUUGCCCUAAAACCACGAUAUCAUUUUGCUGCGUUGGAAGGUGCUCAUUAUGAAAGGUUACCUUACAGAAACCAUGUGAUACUACAGGAAAGUGCACAGCAUGUCAGCAGGUUCAUAGCACUGGCAAAUCUUAACAACUCUAAUAAGAAAAAGUAUCUGUAUGCAUUUAACAUAAUGCCCUUACGUGCUAUGGAUCCAGUUGAACUUGCAAAACAGCCAUUGGAUGUAACUGAAAGUCCAUAUAGGAAAAUGAUGAGGGAGUUUCAAAAAACAAAAACAGAUGAAACUGCAACAGGAGAGUCUCAGUUCUUCUUUGACUUGAGUACAAAAGGAAAGAAAAGACCCUCUGAAGGAGGAAGACCUUCACCCCAUCAAUCAAAACAGCCCCGAACGAUAUCUCAGCCCACAAGUCCUUGCUGGUUCUGCCUUGCUAGUCCUGAAGUAGAAAAGCACUUGGUUAUCAGUAUUGGAACACAUUGUUAUAUUGCCCUUGCAAAAGGUAGCUUAACCCCUGAUCAUGUGCUUAUUUUGCCUAUUGGGCACCAUCAGUCAGUGGUAGAGCUUCCUUCAGAAGUCAUAGAAGAAGUAGAGAAGUGUAAACUGGCUUUGAAAAAGUUUUACAAGAGCAUUGGGAAAAGGUUUGUAAUGUUCGAAAGAAACUACAGGAGUCAGCACUUACAGUUGCAGGUGGUUCCUGUACCUAUUCAACGUUGUACGACUGAGGACAUUAAAGAAGCUUUUAUUGUACAAGCAGAGGAACAGCAGAUGGAGCUAUUGGAGAUCCCUGAACAUUCUGAUCUCAAACAAAUUAUUCCGCCUGGAUCAGCAUAUUUCUAUGUUGAACUGGACAGUGGAGAAAAAUUGUUACACCGAAUCAAGAAACAGUUUCCUUUACAAUUUGGAAGGAAACUGGAGCACUUGGAAGAAAUCCAUGCAGACGUGGGGAUAAUGUGCAAACUCUACACAGAUAGUCACCCAAGCAUGGGAACAAACUCAGGUCGCUGGUGCUGGGAGACAGCAGGAAUAACCACUGAGACACUCUGCCGCCCUGCCUAAGAAGCAACGUACUGGUCCAGAGAACGUUCACUAGGUUGAUCCUUGCUAUGGAGGGAUUUUCUUAUGAGGCAAGUUGAAUAGAUUGGACCUGUGCUCAUUUGGAAUUUAGUAGGAUGAGAGGCAAUAUGACUGAAAUAUACAAAAUUCUUGGGGUAUUUGACAGAAGAAUUAUUGCCUUUGUGGGAAAAUUUAGGUCCAAAGAGCAUAAUCUGAAUAAGUUUCCCCAUUUAAUGUGGAGAUGAGAAGGAUUUUAUUUUGAAUAGUGAAUCUGUGAAAUUCUUUACUGCAGAAGGCUAUGAAGGCUCUGUCAGUAACUAUAUUCAAGGUGAAAUCGACAGUUUUUUUGAUACUUGACAUUCUGGAGUCGUAGAGAAAGGACGAGUUGAGGAUUUUCAGAUCAGCCAUGAUCUAACUGAAUGUUGGAGAUGUCCGAAUGGGUUAAAGGCCUCCUACAUUGACCACCUUGCAGUGUGAAUUUUAUUUGCUGCUAAUUGGCCCAAACCUGAAUGUUGUCCAGGUCCUACUGCACAUUGGCAUGGCUACUUCAGUCUUUGAGGAGCUGCAAAUGGUACUGAAUAUUGUGCAGUUGUCAGUGGUUAGCCCUACUUCUCAAUUAUGAUAGUGGGAAAGUCAGUGAUGAAGCACAUAAAAAUUGCUUGGGCCGUGGGCUGUGCCCUGCAGUUAAAAAGUUCGACCUCCUUCAAAAACCAGUGUCGUUCUGUGCUAGCUAUGACUCCACCCAUUGGAGAUUGAUUAGGUACUGUUGUUAGAAUACAAUUCUGCUGCGAUGCCGCAACCACUCAGCUUUAAGGCAGAACAGUCAGCAAGUCACCUACCACUGUUUGACCUAAUAUCUUGCAACUUCGUGGUUCAAAGGACUCCCAACCGUAUUUUGCUGUGUCACCUCUUGUGAGCAGUGUUCCCUCUAGUUUUCUUCCCAGCUGUGCAGGCCUUUGACUUCUGUGUAUGGCAACGACAUCUAAAAUCAAAAGUUAAUACUGUGAUUGGUGUACCAUAGAAUCAGAGCGGUUGUGCAUAUACGUAGCUUAGAGGCAGUGUUGCUGAAAAGCCAUAAUAUCCUAUUAUGUCACUGAGGUGACAUAAUACCUCAGUGAGGUAAGUGAUAGAAAAUCUGGGAUAUUGGCUAGCUGAAAGGUAUAAUCCCCUGAGUUUAAGAAGGCUUAGUUUGUUAGGCACCUCUUCCAAUUUUGGCAAAGCCUCCUAGAUGUUAGAUGAGAAGUUAUUGAUGGGAUUGGGUAUGCAUUUAUUGUGUUUUAUCUCCAUUGUAUAGGUCAAUGCUCAGUGGUCUGACUGUUAGUAUACUUACUCGCAGUCAUUCACUACAAUUGAGUAGCCUGCCAGGUUUUUUUCGGAGGGCACGUUUGUCAAAAAUGGUCUGAAUGCACGAGACAAUGCAAAGGCUAUAGGCCCUGACAGUAACUCAGCGAAGUGUUAGGAAUUUCUGCUCCAGAGCUUGUGCCCUUAGCCAAACUGUUGCACUGCUGCUACAACACUGGCACCCCUCGAGACAGUGGAAAAUAGCCAGGUAUAUUCUAUCCACAAAAAGCAGGACGCAUUCAAUCUGGCUAAUUACCACGUAUCUUCUUGGUCAUCAGUAUUUUUGGUUGAAUUAUUGGAAUUCCUUCCCUGAUGCGUUUAACUAAGCAUAUGGACUUCAGUUGUUCAAGAAGGAACUCACCAUCACCUUCCAGACCAACUAGGAAUGGGCAAUAAAUGCUGAUCCAGCCAGCAAUGCUCAUAUCCCAUGAGUGAAAAAUAACACAAGUAAGAAAAUACAAAAUAGCUGAAGUUUACCAUUUAGCCCCUUAAGUCUGCCCUUCUAUUCAAUAAAGUGCCUGAUUUGUUUCUCUUUAUAGUGAGAACUAUAGAUACUGCUGUCAGAGACAAGAGUAUGGAACUGGAGGAACACAGGCCAGGCAGCAUCAGAGGAGCAGGAAAGUUGAUGUUUCAGAUCGGGGGGCCUUCCUUUCCUGAAGAAGAGCCCUGACCCAAAACAUCAACUUUCCGGCUCCUAUGAUGCUACCUAGCCUGCUGUGUUCCUCCAGCUCCUUACUGUGUUGUCCCUGAUUUGUUUCUGUUUUGAAUUCCCAUCUGUCCCAAUUCCCUAACUACUGAGAAUUUAUCUAGAGAUCUCAAAAUAUUCAAUGACCCUGCUGCUUGUUUUUUGGGAGAUAUUUUCAGUAAUAGAGCUUUAUUGCUCCUUUCAUGACUCAGUUGAUCUGACAGUGUUUGACAUUUUUUUUGUGGUUCGCUGUGAAAACAUUUUUAAAGCAUUUUGUUAAAAAUGGUUCACAUAUGGUAGUAUAAAUCUGUUCAUUGGAUAACAUACGGAUGAUAAUGGAAUAGUGUAUGUUAGAUGGGCUUCAGAUUGGUUUCACAGGUCGGCACAACAUCAAGGGCUGAAGGGCCUGUAUUGCGCUGUAAUGUUCUUUGUGUUCUAUUUUAAUUGGCAUUUUCCACAUUUAGGGAUGCUAAUAAUCAUUACCAAAAGUUUAGACCCCUAAAAUGGAGUAGAAUGUUCAUAUAAAACAAAGAACUACAGUUGCUGGAAAUCUGAAACAGAAAUUUCUGCCGAAACUCAGCAGGUCUGGCACCAUCCGUGGAGUUCAUGUUUCAAGCCCAGUGACCCAUUUUCAGAAUUGCUGAGCUUUGAAGAAGUGUCACUGGACUCAAAACCUUAAUUGUGCUUUCUCUCUACCCAUGCUGCCAGAGUAUCCCCAGCAAUUUCUGUAGAAAGUUAAUACUUCUGAAUGUAAGAUGUAUCUCAUUAGCAGGGGUUUGUACCAGGGUUUCGAGCAGAUAUUAAAUAACACAAGUUUCCUUUUAGAGAAUGCCCUUCAAUUUGCAGGAUGAUCAAGGUAUAUUCCAAGCUUUUUCUAAAAUAAUGUUCCUCCACUGAAUUUAAAAUGGAGAAGCAGCUUGGUUGAUAGGGCGAGAAAACAGCAGUAGAGAUAACACUAAGCAGAAUUUGACCAAAAGCCCAAUUGUAGCUCUAAGACUAAUUAUUAUGUUGGCAACAGCACCACCUAUCUUGUAAUGGUGCAGUUGUGAGCUCUUGAGUAAAUAAACAACUGUACCCACCUGUCUUCAAAUGGCAACAUGCUUUGGGAGAUGAGGUGGAGAGAUCUUGAUCAGAAAUGAAUAAAUGUGAUUCUGACAAUUAUCCUAAACGGUAUUUUUCGGACACACACACACACACACACACACACACACACACACACACACACACACACACACACACACACACACACACAGUCCGACGACUCGUAUAGUUGCCCUUCCGUGUGCUCGGGCACGCAAGCUGUGUCAAGUAACGUGAGAAUCAUUACCGUUACAGUAAUGUUUGCUUUGUUAACUGUUUUGCAAUGUUUUAGAGAGGUUUUGGCAAGUGAAGCUGUCCUAAAUGUACCAGAUAAAGCCAACUGGAGGGAAUGUAAAUACAGCCGAGAAGAUGAAGAAGAAUUUGCUAAGGUUUUCAGGAAUGGUUUUCAA